AUGUUGUUCGCAUUUUCCAUAGGGUGGUGCUUAUUAGCGCUUGGCCCCCUGUUUGUUGCAGGGGACUCUAGCUUAGGCAACUCCUUCCGCAAGCACUGUCUCUCCUACAAACCCCACAGACUGAUAUUCAACUCCACCUUGACGCGCCUGGAGUACAUCAUUGAUGGCACCAAGCUUGGCCUCGAUGACAAUGUCGAGUCCUGCAACCGGCCUUCUCAGCAAGUCUCGGCCGAUAUCUGCCGCAUUGCUCUGCAGAUCCCGACUUCAGAGCGAUCCAGCAUAAGCUUCGAGCUAUGGCUUCCGCAGAAGUGGGAGGGGUCUCGAUAUUUCGCGAUUGGGAAUGGGGGUGUUGAUGGGUGUAUUAAGUACGAGGACCUGGCCUAUGGAACAGCUCACGGGUUUGCUACUAUGGGCACGAACAACGGCCAUAAUGGUACUACGGGUGAAACCUUUUUCAAGAACCCCGAUAUUAUCGAGGAUUUUUCGUAUCGAGCCCUUCACAUAGGCACCACAACGGCGAAGAAUAUUAUCAAAAACUUUUACAACAAGGAGCACAGCCGCUCAUAUUACAUCGGGUGUUCUCUAGGUGGCCGCAUGGGCAUCAAGGCAGCGGAGGCCUUCCCAAAUGACUAUGAUGGCAUUGUUGCAGGUGCCCCAGCUGUCGAUUUCAACAAUCUUCAGGGCCAAAGAGCCAUGUUCUACCCCAUCACCGGUCCUAAAGGCUCGCCUGAUUUCAUCAAUGCGGAGAAAUGGAAAGGUCUGAUACACGACGAGAUUCUUAAACAAUGCGAUCAUAUCGAUGGUGUUGAAGAUGGCAUCAUCGAGACCUCCAGCAAGUGCUUCUUCAACCCUUGGACUCUAUUGUGUCGUCGAUACGAGUCUACCAAUUGCCUCACAUUCGCGCAGGUCAAGCAAGUUCAAGAAAUCUACGCACCGUACACUUACCCUGAUGGACAGCUCAUCUUUCCUCGGAUGAAUCCGGGAAACGAAGAGCAGGCUGUUUCGAAACUCCUCGCUGGCAAACCUUUCAGUUAUUCUGAAGACUGGUUUCGAUAUGUCGUUCUCAACGACCCAGACUGGGAUGCCAUCACCUACAACAGAGACCUUGUGCGUCGCGCUGAUGAGCUUAACCCCUUCAACAUCCGGACAUAUCCAAAAACACUUCCUGCUUUCAAAGAGCGUGGUGGAAAGAUCCUAAGCUACCACGGGGGUCAGGAUAACCAAAUCACCCAAUUUAACACGGAGCGCUUCUGGGACCAUAUGGAAACCGCCGACCCAGACCUACACGAUUACUUCCGAUUCUUCCGCAUCUCUGGCAUGUUUCACUGUAGCACUGGCCCCGGGGCUUGGGCUAUUGGUCAAGGUGGUGGUACUCCGGCUACGGGCAUCCCAUUUGAUCCACAACGCAACGUCUUGGCUGCGAUAGUUGCCUGGGUUGAGGAGGGACGGGCACCUGAGACACUGACGGGGACAAGGUUUGUUGACGAUGAUUACACGCGGGGUAUUGACUUUCAGCGUGUUCAUUGUUUGUACCCUAGGGAACAAACGUACGUCGGGGGUGAUCACAGGCAGACAUCCAGCUGGAAAUGCAAGCCAUGA